AUGAUUCCAAGAGCCUUUCUACUACUCUUGCUCGUGUCGGCCACUGUCCUGGCCGAUACACACCAUGGUCUGAUCCGUAAGCGUCAAUUGAGCGAUGCUUUGGAAGAAAGGCGCCACACCCACCGUGGCCUGGCAUUAAAGUACCACAACAAAGAGCAAGAAGAGCACCUUGCCAACAUGAUUCACCGUAAUUUACAACAUCAUCAAGCUAAGAUGGAAGGAGGUCGCAAUCUCAAACAUCACCACAAGCAUCAUCCUACCGAAGCCGAAAUUGAAGCAGAAUCCAAAGAGGAGAUGGAAGCAGAAGCCAUCGAAUCCGCCAAGGAAGAAGAGAUCAAGGAAGAAGCCAUUGUCAUGGCCGACGAAGACGAUGAAGACGAUGAUGAUGAUGAUGAUGACGAGGCCGACGAUGAAGACGACGAUGAUGAUGAUGAGGCCGAUGAUGACGAUGAUGACGACGAAGAUGCCGAUGAUGAAGAUGAUGAUGACGAUGAUGACGAUGAGGACAGCGAAGAAGAGGCUGCUGCUCCUGCCAUAGCCACUGUCGAAGAGGCACCUAUCGAACCCGAAACAGAGCAAGUCAUUGUUUCGGAAGCUGCAGUUGAAGAUGAAUCUCCAAUUGCCGCUAUUUUCGAUGGAGCCGAUCUCAAUGAAAGCUAUUGGGUGGGCGGUAUCGUUGGAUUUGGUUUGGUGGUUUUGCUGGUUGGCAUGGCCCGCAGACGGGGACAAAAGCGAUCACGUCCAUCUAAUGUCGAAACACUCAACCUUCAUCACAAUUUGAGAGAUCCCGAAAUUGAAAUGGUCCUCCAUUCCGGUACUGGUUUGUCCAGCAAAGUUUUGGGUGGAGGUUCUAAACGCAACUCUACCCCUUCCUUUGGCAACAACAAAGAAGACGAACCCAUUUGGUCCAUUCGGCACUCCAUGACUUCCGCCACGGGACCUGAAGCAAAGGCAGCCGUGAAAACUGCGCGCCCCAGCAAAAAGAAUUCGCCUCCUGCCAGUGCUUUCAAGCAACACAAGAGCAAGUUUUAA